AUACUUGCGAGUUUGAAAUUGAAAGUUUAAGUAAAGCAUGCUAUGUUGCUAAAUCUUUAGUUCUUGAGUUGUCUGUAAGUUUUAGUUGUUGCUGGAAAAAUGUUUAUAGAAUAUGGAAGAUGAAUAAUGGAUUAUCUAAGAAUCAUGGUUUGGUUUGGAAACGAUUGCAUGUGAGUAGAAACGAAACAUGCUCACUAUGUGUUUGCUGAAAAUACAGAAGAACAGAAUUGACUCCGCCUGUUGAGUCGCUUGUUUCUCCUAUAUCUCGAAUCCUUUUCUAGGAUUUCUUGAUUCGAAUCUCUUCUAUGUUUCAUUACGGAUUUGUAAACGGACUCCUGGUUUGUCCGAAAAAUCGUCACUGAAAUCACAGAAAAAUCAGACCGGACCUCUUCUCUUAACAGGCCUAUUUCUCUGGGGUCUUUUACUCUUUCUCAGAAUUUCUUUUUGGAAAACUCUUCUCCAUUUAUUGUGGUAUGAUGUGGUUUUUACGGAUUUCAAAAUGCAGUUACGGGUAGUGCAAAAAUCAAGUUUAAACAGGGCAUCUCCGGCACUGAAUUUCUGUCUGAAAAAUCUGGUUUUAAGCUUCUGUUUUGGAGGCUCGUUUCUUCUGAUUUCUGAGCCUUCUUCUCUGAAUUCUUUUGAUGAAAUUCCUCUCUGUUUAUCGUACUUCAAUGUUGGUUGAUGCUUUGUUGAAACUAAUAGUGAGUUGUGCGAAAAUGUCCUUUGAAUGUGGUCACCGAGCCACCUUUGUUCUGAAAAUUCAGAACGGAGAAUUUGAAAUGUUCACUUUGAAGUGUCACUUUUCUUUGACCUAAACCCUUUCCUAAUGAAAUUUUUUCGUUUGAAUUCUCUGUCCAUCAAGGUUUAUGAUAUAGCUCAUAGGUUGAAAGAAUGAAGGUCUCUUGACAUUUAAUUUGUUACUUGGAAAAGGAUAGCUCAUUUAUUGGAGGAGUUGUAAUAUAUGCAAGCUAUUAAGAGGUAAUCAUCGUUAUAUGAACAGAUGAAGGCUGCCGCUAAAAAUGGAAAAGGAUGAUCAUGCUAUCUGGAUGUUUUCUUUCUUACCUGCAAGACUGUAUGACUUCAAUCCUCAGUAGCUUUCUGUUUUGCUAUUGGUUAGAAGGAGUUGAAUAGCUGAAAUACUAAAGGGGUUAGCGUUAUACUUUCACUUUUAGCUCAAGUGCUCCGUGAAAAUGCGCCUCCCUACUAUUUCAUCAGUUUCAAAACUUCCAGACUGGCUUCUGAGCAUGAAAGAGUUGGCUGCUAAAGGGAAUUGGAAAGGGGUUCUCUCUUUUCACCAUGAGUUGAAGGGGGCUGGGAUUCGAUUUUCAGAUCCUUCUCUUUUCCAUCCAGUUCUCAAGGCUUGUUCUGUGGUUUCAUUUGAAUAUGGAAAAUCCAUCCACGCAUCUUCGAUUAAACUGGGACUUGAUUCAUAUACUUCCAUGGGAAAUUCAAUCAUUGACUUUUAUCUGAAAUCACAAGCCCUAAGUUGCGCUGCUGUUGUUUUUGAUGGCCUGGAAAAUAAAGAUUCUGUUUCAUGGAACAUAAUGAUUCAUGAGCACCUUGUUCACUUUGCUUCAGAACGUGGGUUAGACUUGUUUUUCCAUGCCAAAAUCUCAGGGUUCAAACCCAAUAUAUCAACUUUGGUGCUUGUGAUUCGUGCAUGUCGGGAACUCUUCUGCUUUGAUGAGGGGCUUGUAGUUCAUGGUUACGUUGUGAAAAGUGGGUUCUGGACCAUUUCUUCAGUUCAAAACUCGCUUUUGUGCUUGUAUGCAGACAUCGGGUUAGGGUCUGCUCGAAAACUUUUCGAUGAAAUGAUUGAUAGAGAUGUGAUUUCUUGGAGUGCUAUAAUUGUUAGCCACACAAAAUUUGAUGAACCUGCAGUUGCCUUGAAUUUGUUUCAGCUAAUGGUAAAUGAGUCUACUAUUGAAGCAGAUGGACCAAUCAUAGUAACUGUACUCAAAGCUUGCACCUAUCUACAAAACAUCCGGAUUGGCAAUUCAAUUCAUGCCUUUGUCAUAUCCAAAGGCCUGAAGAAUGACUUAUUUGUGGGGAAUUCUUUGAUAGAUUUCUAUGCCAAGUGUGAUGAUGUUGAUUCUGCUUUUACAGUAUUCAGUGAGAUGCCUCAAAAGAAUGCAGUGUCCUGGAAUUCGUUACUAUCUGGAUAUGUACAAAGUGAAAAGCAUUCAGAUGCUCUCGGACUGAUUCUUUCAAUGAGAAAAGUUGGAUUUGAAGCUGAUGGAGUGACUUUUGUGAAUCUGCUUCAAGUAUGCAAACAUCUCAAAGACCCAUAUGCUUGCAAGCUAAUCCAUUCUAGAGUUUUUCGGCAGGGUUACGAGUCUAACCACCUGGUUAACAAUUCUUUAAUGGAUGCAUAUGCUAAGUGCUAUUGCAUUAGUCUUGUGUGGAAACUAUUCAGUUGUAUGAAGCACAGAGAUGUAGUUACUUGGAGCACCAUGAUUGCAGCUUUUACUUACUGUGGCAUGCCCGCUGAAGCAAUUUUUGUUUUUGUACAAAUGAAGCAGCGUAAAGAAAAGUUCAACGCAGUUACCAUGCUGAAUCUUUUUGAGGCAUGCUCUCUGUAUUCCGAACUGGCAAUAUUAGAGUGGGCUCAUGCUAUUACUAUCUGUUAUGGCCUAGAUUCUAAUUCAGCAGUUGGAACUGCGUUAUUGGACAUGUACGCCAAAUGUGGUUCAGUGGAGGCUUCAAGAAAAGUUUUCGAGCAAAUGCCCCAAAGAGAUGUUGUAACGUGCAGUGCCAUGAUUGCAGCAUAUGGUACGAAUGGUCUUCCACAUGAUGCCUUGCUUUUACUUUCACAAAUGGAAUCCCAAGGUCUCAAGCCAAACCUAGUAACUAGCCUUUCUCUGUUGUCUGCAUGUAGCCAUGGGGGAUUGGUCGAGAAGGGCUUGUCUAUUUUCAAGAACUUGGUACAAGAGUAUGGGGCUAAAAUUGGGCUAAAACAUUAUUCUUGUCUUGUUGACUUGUUGGCUCGAGCUGGAAAGGUUGGUGAUGCAAUGGAUUUGGUGGAAAAAAUGUCUCAGGGAAGUAAGGUAGGCGCGAGUGCAUGGAGUUCAAUCUUGAGUGCUUGUCGCCAUUCCGGUGAUAGUGAAGUUGGAGAAGGUGUUCUACCUCAUCUUCUUCAAUUAGAGCCAAGUGUUAGUGCUGGAUAUUUGUUGGCAUCUAACAUGUACGCAUCUGGUGGUUCAUGGUCUAAUGCUGCAAAUUUAAGAUCUAUGAUGAACGAAAACGGCGUCAAAGUGCUUGCUGGCAGUAGCUUCGUUCAUUUCAACAGUGAUAGUACUUUGUAGCACUAGUUUACAAUGCCAAUAGGACAUUAAACUAGCACCUUUUAGUUUACAACAUGCACAUUGGGAUAGACAUUAAACUAGCACCUUUUAGUUUACAUAUUCACCACUGCAUAACGCUUACAUGAACAGUUCUUAUACUAAAGACAACACCAUUAAACAUAGGAUAAAUUACAAAGAGACUUAGACAACAGAAAAUUGGAUAUAAAAAAUUGGCCAUGUUCAUAAAUUUGGAAAGAACUUUUGAUCAAGAAUCGCAAGUUCUAUUAUAAUUGAUGGCAUGCUAGAUUGACUCCGGCAGAUUUUUUCGAAUUACGCUACACCAAAUCUUGCUUAAAUUAUCGGCACAUUUGAUUAUUUGUAGGCA